GGACACUGUCGCGGUCACAAUGCGGACAGUCGUGUUUUUUCUAUUCAGCGCCGCGUCAUGUUAUUGUGCCAUCCAAUUCAGUGAUAGACCUCGGAACUUUAGCAUAGAACUAGUGCACUACACCCAAUUGGAAACAAACGGUCAUGUAGUUAUAUCUCCUUUCGGAAUAUGGACCCUGAUGAGUGGCAUAGCUCUCGGAGCCACGGGGAACAGCUUCGACGAAUUGGCAAGGGCGUUCUUACUGCCAAGAGAUAGCAGAGAAAUCAUCAACGGCUUCAAAGACUUAACGUCCGCAGUGUUAAACGUAAAAUCCAAAGGAGUCACUCUGACAUCGAAAAACUUUGUUUUCUUAGACGACAACUUUAGAGUUUUCCCCGAUUUUAAAAGGGCUCUCGAAGUCGAUUUUGGUGCUGAAAUUGAUGUUUUGGAUUUCAAGAAUCCAAAAACAGUUGAAAUUGCCAACGGCAAACUUGAACUGCCAGGAGCCAAUGUGCGGAAUGUCUUGCACUCAGAUGAUUUCGCGCAAUCUAGAAUGAUACUGGCUAAUAUAAUUGCCUUUAGAGGUCUUUGGUCUUUCCCGUUUGACAAAACCAAAACUCAGGAGGAGACUUUCUAUGACGAAGACGGAAAUCCGGUAGGUCGUGUAAAUAUGAUGUAUCUAAACUCAGUAGUUCCACUGUCAAACAUAAGAGAGAUGCAAUCGCUUGCUUUAGAGAUGCCUUACGGCGACGACGGAAAAUACAGCAUGCUAUUCCUCCUGCCCUCUCGAGGUAUGAAAAUUGUAGAUGCUUACAAGAAACUAGCACAAAUUAGUUUGAGGGAUAUUUUCGACCAAUUGAGAAGGGAUAGCGACUAUUACGAAGGGCAGGAAACGGAGGUCAAAAUACCAAGAUUUAAAAUCAGAACCAAUAUUUUGAUGAAUAAACCUCUAACUCACAUGGGUGUGUUCGAUAUUUUCGAGGCAGAUCGUGCAAGAUUCGAUAGAAUCGCUAAUGAAGAUAUUUUUAUAUCAGCAAUAGCACACACUGCCGAUAUAGAAGUCACAGAAUCGGGUACCGUGGCUACGGCUACCUCAACAGCAAGUUUUGUUGACAAAAUAUCUUCUCACGGAUUUAUCGCCAACAAACCUUUUAUAUACUUUUUGAUGGAGAAAAGUACCAUGACUAUGAUCUUUGGUGGCAUAUAUUCGAAACCGACUAUUUAUUAAGAAAGUUUAUCAAUAUCGUUAUUAUUGUCUAAAUUCUAAUUUAAUCAUUACAAGACUGUUUUUAUGAUGUCGCUAAGAUAGAAGGUGAAACAAAUUGAUAUGCCAAUAAAUAUUUUUGUUUUAUUAUUAAUAAAACCACAAUUCCAAGACUAUCAAGGUAUUUAAAUUUCGAAGUCUAAAAGGAAAAUAAGUGAUCAUACUAAUAUUAUAAAGUAUCUUUCAUAAGAGUGCAAAAUAAUGACAUGACAGCCACACAGCUUGCACUUAUAAUUAAUUAUAAAAAUGGCUCUGGGUCAAAAAACAGAAUACAAAUUUACAUUAUGUACGUACCGUAUUAUUAUGAUCUAGGUCUAACCAUACUGUUGCUAUAUCAACGAUAACUUUAUCGUUGUAUUACACAAGUCCCUUAUUUAGAGUGAUUUCUGUCGAUAGGUACUCCCAGACACGUAUGUCUUGUUCUAUGCGCUUCGUGUUCUUUUUAUUUGUAAUUUGCUCUUUAAACUGAGUAUAAACUUCUGAAUUUUUUUUUUAAAUAUUAGCAACAGUGUUUUACUUCAGUUGAUGCUAGUAAAAAGAAGGCACAUUUUUCAUAUAUAUCUUGCCUUGCCUAAGUUUAUUUCCUUAUAGAACUCAACAAACUAGUUCAGUGUAGGCAACUGUUAUAGUCAAGAUCGACACUGAUUUACUUCUUUUCACAGCAAAUUCCACUCCUAUUCCUACGCAAUAAAGGUGCUGUCGACUUCAAGUUAUAUCCACCAAUGUAAUCUGGCCUAUACUAGUUAUGGCCCUUUAAUAAGAUUAGUGCCUGUAGCGUGACCCGGUUGAUAGCGCCUUCUUCAUCACAAGAAUGAAGUGCUACUUUUUACUUUUGUAUGCUUAAACACAACGUUAGCGAAAUAAAUUUAAACCUUCAUAUUUGAACGACCAACAAAUGAAUGUCGCGUGACUUUAAGCACAUUCUGCUCGAGCCCUAACUCAACAUAAUUUAUUUGAAACAGCUGUUAUUUAACUUAAAUUAUUGAUCUUCGAAACGGGUUUCACCAUUCAAAACAAAUUAUAAAUGACGCAAUACAGACAUGAUUUUGUUUAAUAUUUCCGUGGCAUCAUUAGAAUCAGGGAGAAUAACUUGAACAUUUAUCCUCUUGUAUUCAAAAAUCAGAGUCCGAACCUAAUAAGAAUUCUGUUUAAAUAAUGCUACAACUUCACAUGCCUAUUCUUCUUCUUCUCCUUCUUCUUCUUUCUGUUUUAAUGGCUCAACGGGGAUUUACACACAAUUCCGCCAAUUUCACGUAGAUAGCCACUACACGACAGGGAUUCUUAAUAAAAUAUUUUUGAACAUAAAGUUUAAAAUACUGUUUUAAAAAUUUGUCACUUACUAUGUUGAUUUAACGACCGACCAUGUAAAAAAUACGACACAUUUUAGGGCAUGCAUUCAUAAUAUAUCCCAGGUAUUUAAAUCUACGCUGAAAAAUCCCUAAACGGGGAUCCCGCGGUUUCGCACUAAGUAGGUUAGCCAUUAAUACCCAUUCGCAGAGUUUUAGCGGAUAUUAUGCCGUAAAAUGCCCUUUAGUGUUACGGGGUCCUCAGUGGGCAGCCACUGCGGGGGCUCGUAAGGCUUGCGGGAGCCAGGUGUGAGGUCCGUUCGGCGGUGCCGCCGAACGGACGCCGUCGUCUGUAAACAGAGGUUUUCCCUGCGUAACAAACAAAACAGGUAUUUAAAUCUGCGCCAUUGAGCAUAAUAGUCGAAACAUUUACCGGUGAAAUUCUGCCUCGUUUCAAGAUAAGCACUUCGCUCUUUAACGAGUUGCAAUGCAGCCCAUGCUCCGUCGCAAACACCCCACAAAUCGCAAUUAUUUGGCGUAUUGACCCGAGCAACGGGUCCAACAGCACCAUAUCAUUAGCGUAGCGUAGCAUUAUUCACACUGAUUUCAUCUAUAAAACACACAGUAUGAGUGUCACUGAGCUCGCCGAUGAGAUGGUCGACAUAUAGGUUAAACAGUAGAGGAGAGGUGAUCCCACCCUGUCGCACACCACACUCCAUACAAAAAGUAUCAGAAAUCGCGCCUGUCGGCCUGACCUGAUUUCGCUGAUCACCAUACCGGGACCGGAGAAGGAAAAUACAAAAAUUAAGACCGGACUGAGUGAAUACCGGCGGGGAAAGUUCCAUUUAUGUAAGCGGUGUGGGAGGCUAGUCCGGAGGGUCCGGUGGUACACAAGGGGUCUUAUCCAUUAUUGCUAUGUAAUCAAUGCAUAGGACAGGAAAACAUAAUUUUAACGGGACUUACCAACACCUGUUGUUAGUAUAAAAAGCAAACACUUAUUUUUCCCUCUUUAACAGCUUAGAUAUGCUCUAAGUUUUACACGUACAAAAUGACCAACACUACCGAGGACAAAAUCUACAUGGCUAUUUGUACUUGCUAUUAUUUUGUCAUUUUGACAGCAGGUUGUCCUUAUCAUACUGGAUAGGGUCUAAAAAGGAGAGACUGUUGUUAAGUUUACACAUAGCAAAUACCAUGUAUAAAUGCCGGCAUGAAAUAGAUAUCGGAAUCGGACUUGCGUAUUGCGCAGAGCUUACAACGGUUUCUGUAUCUUAAGACAAGAAGGUACGAAACCCUAAUUUGAGAAAUAUAGGAAUUGGUAUUUCCAACCACAAAUUUAAAUUUGAGGAGGAAGUAAAAUACGUCUUUUUUAUCUUAUCUUUAUUUGGAAAAUAAACAAUGUACACUUACUAUAAAAAGUUAUUACUAUAAAAAAUUAGUAUUAACAGCCAAAUCUACAAUAGGAUUUUAUUAGCAAAGGAUAAGAACCACUUUGUAUGAGGGGUUGGUACGGCUAUCAAGUUCUUUGUGCAGGAGUAAAAUAUAUGUAAGUAGGUAUACCAUUGUAAAGCUUAUUAUUAAUGUAUACUGUUACUCUUUAAUUGAAUUCGAUAGCAUGAAUUGAAUAAUAAAUAUUUAAAGAAUAAAAAGGACUUUCCUGGUGUAA